CGCCCCGCAUGGGGGCGGGGGGGGCCGGCGGGGGGAGGGCAGGCCGGGUGCGCGUGCCCGCUGUGCGCUCCGCGCUGGGGCUCCGCGAGGAGGGCCUGCGAGGAAAAGUUGCGAACUCCCCGAGUUGUUGGCUGUGGCGGAGGGAGCAGGUGUGCGAGCGGAGGGAGCGAUGUAGGAGGCGCGGGGCGCUCCGAGGGGAUGUGGGCAUGGCAGGGGUAGGCUCGGCCCGCGCAGGGCGUCCCCGGGCGGCGGCCCCGCAUCCUCCGGGCACGGGGCACUGAGCGCCCCUUUCCUCGAAAUCCAAGUGUGGAGAGCCCGGACCGCCGCGGCCCUGCCCAGGAUGGAGCCCCAGUGAGCGCCGUGGGCGGUGGGUCGGCGCUUGGGCUCGUGCACAUGAAGAGUCUCCACGGCGUGUGGCUUCGCCAAGAGAUCAGGCCCGUUGAGCUCGAUGUUCUCGCAGGUGGGCCGCGUAUGAUGGAACACGACUUCCUUUAAAGUGUAGCAGAUCUCAUUUUUUGAUGGCCAAAUGACAGCUUGACCCAGUCGUUUGCCAGUCGAGGGGCAUUUUUUUGAAUGUCUCUUUGUGGCGCAACAGCCAACGCAAAAAUGAUGGCGGCUUACAAUGGCGGUACGUCUGCGGCAGCGGCAGGUCACCACCACCACCAUCACCACCACCUCCCUCACCUCCCUCCUCCUCACCUCCAUCACCACCACCACCCUCAGCACCACCUGCACCCCAGCUCCACGCCCGCGGUCCAUCCCGUGCAGCAGCACGCUUCCUCAGCAGCUGCGGCCGCGGCGGCGGCGGCAGCGGCGGCGGCAAUGUUGAACCCCGGGCAGCAGCAGCCAUAUUUCCCAUCGCCGGCACCAGGCCAGGCCCCUGGACCAGCGGCGGCCGCCCCAGCUCAGGUACAAGCUGCAGCCGCAGCUGCGGUCAAAGCGCACCAUCAUCAGCACUCACAACAUCCACAGCAGCAACUGGAUAUUGAGCCGGACAGACCUAUUGGAUACGGAGCCUUUGGUGUUGUCUGGUCAGUAACAGAUCCGCGAGAUGGAAAGAGAGUUGCACUCAAAAAGAUGCCCAACGUCUUCCAAAAUCUGGUCUCUUGUAAAAGGGUCUUCCGGGAGUUGAAGAUGUUGUGUUUUUUUAAGCAUGACAAUGUACUCUCUGCCCUUGACAUACUCCAGCCUCCACACAUCGACUAUUUUGAAGAAAUAUACGUCGUCACUGAACUGAUGCAGAGUGACCUCCAUAAGAUUAUCGUCUCUCCUCAGCCACUCAGCUCAGAUCACGUCAAAGUUUUUCUUUACCAGAUUUUAAGAGGUCUGAAAUAUCUACAUUCUGCUGGCAUUUUACAUCGAGACAUUAAACCAGGGAACCUACUCGUGAACAGCAACUGUGUUCUUAAGAUUUGUGAUUUUGGAUUGGCCAGGGUGGAAGAAUUAGAUGAAUCUCGUCACAUGACUCAGGAAGUUGUCACUCAGUAUUAUCGAGCUCCAGAAAUCCUGAUGGGCAGCCGCCACUACAGCAAUGCUAUUGACAUCUGGUCUGUAGGCUGCAUCUUUGCAGAACUGCUCGGGCGAAGAAUAUUGUUUCAGGCACAGAGUCCCAUUCAGCAGCUGGAUCUGAUCACAGACCUGCUGGGAACGCCCUCACUGGAGGCAAUGAGGACAGCGUGCGAAGGCGCCAAGGCACACAUACUCAGGGGUCCUCACAAACAGCCAUCCCUUCCUGUCCUGUACACACUUUCUAGUCAAGCUACUCAUGAGGCAGUUCAUCUCCUUUGCAGAAUGUUGGUCUUUGAUCCAUCCAAAAGAAUAUCUGCUAAGGAUGCCUUAGCUCACCCAUACCUUGAUGAAGGGCGGUUGCGAUACCACACCUGUAUGUGUAAAUGCUGUUUUUCCACAUCCACUGGAAGAGUUUAUACCAGUGAUUUUGAACCCAUCACUAAUCCCAAAUUUGAUGACACUUUUGAGAAGAACCUCAGUUCUGUUCGGCAGGUUAAAGAAAUAAUUCACCAGUUCAUUUUGGAACAGCAGAAAGGAAACAGAGUACCUCUCUGCAUCAACCCUCAGUCUGCUGCUUUUAAGAGCUUUAUUAGUUCCACAGUUGCUCAACCCUCUGAGAUGCCGCCAUCUCCACUGGUUUGGGAGUGAAGUGGAAGAUAAUGUACUACUGAAGAUGUAAUGUAGCUUUCCACUGGAGUCUGGGAUUUGCAAUUCUGGAGGUUAAUCAUGCUUGUACUGUAAUUUUACUAAUGAAGUUUUAAAUUAACAACCACUACUUGUACAAUAUGAAUAAUAUUUAGAAAUGUACUAGACUUUUAAUCUUGUAAAGUGGUUGUGCUUUUAGGAGAAAAUAUUUUACCCAGAGUUGCACGUGUUUUAUGAAUUAGUGCAGCUGUGAUGGCUCAGCUCGGAACAAACAGAAUUGAACCAAAUUUGGGGAGGAUUUUUUUUUUAAUAAGUGAGAUUGUAUACAAAGACAGACAUUUUGAUAUUGAGCCAUUCCUGAAGAUUUUGGGUUUUCUAAAACUAAGGAAUACUGAAAAACUUGACUGCGACCAAUCAUGAAGUCACGUUGGGUGCCGGUGACCAUUGGUGGCACCGCACCUGAUGAUCCGACCCUAUAAAUAGCUUUCACUAGAGCCGUGAUGGUGAUGUGUGCUGUUCUAAAAUCAGAUGUUGUGAGUAGAGAGAAUGAGUUUGUGACUAGGAGAGACUAAACUUCUGUUUCCUUACCCAGUAUAAAUAUAUAUAUAUAUUUAAUCUAUUUUUAUUAGAAGUUUUUUCUGCUCUUUCUUACAUAAAAUCCCCCCAGCAUGCAUCUUCUAUGUGUGUAAAUACUUCCAUGAUGGGCUAAUUUCAGAGAUCCCUGACAUCAUUGCUGUAUAGAGAGAAUCUAGCUUGCACAUUUUAGGUCUGUGAAAUUUUGUGAGAACUUUUUCCUGCACUGGACAGUCGAGAGAGAAGAAAAAAAAAGAAAAAGGACAAAAAAAGCACAUAGGGAGUUUGGUUAAUUGUGUUGGUGUCUUUAGGCAGAGCUGUGGAAGUCUUGAAAUGUCACCGUAGUAAAUAACUUUUAUUACUUUUUGGCGAAUUCUUUUUUCUGUUGGAACACUGAAUUCUGUGCAUAUGUAUAUAUGAACACAAAUUGAAGGCCUCUACCUCCUGGAGCGUACAACUGGGUUUGUUUACCUCCACAUGAUUUUUUUUGUUUGUUUUUUUUAAGUUCAGUGUGGAGACUUGAAACUUGAAUGUCCCUUCCAACUUUUGUAUUUAAAACGAGACUUAGAAAAUCGAGGACUGUUUUUCACCUGUACAAAGAAAUAUUAAAGGGUGGUCUUAAAAUCUGAGCAUUGGUCUGGAGGAAAAAAAACCAACAACCGUGGUGUUUGUUAUGGACAAUUAACUGUUAAAGUUAUUGUAAGUUAUCUGUAUUUAGCAGAGUAUUUUCAACAAGGGUGAUCUGAGCUGGGAUUGGAAACCAUCCGUAAGUUAUGUUUGGAAGUUUUAACUUCAAUGAAGUAAUUAUUUGCUGUGAAAGAGACAAACGUUGAAUUACCGAACAAAGAUGGUGCAAUAUCUUUGUUUUUUGUGAGGCUCCUGAGCGUAGAACCAGCUGAAUGAAGCAUUUCAAUUCACUCGCAUGAGAAACGUGUGUAAUUACGAGAGCCCGAGAAGACACUGGUAUGAAAGGUAAAAUCUCAGAGGUUGGUCAGUUAUGUGGCACACUUGCUGGUCACUUUGUAAAAUGUAGAUUUGAAGUACAGUGGUGAAAACAUUAAAUGUGACAUUUGAAAAAGCAGCGCGUUAUCUUCAUUUCCUGUCUCAUCUCCUACUUUUAUUUAAGAUUCAGUUGUUACAAUCGUGAUUCAAUGCUGUCUGAAACAAUGCAAGUAAAGAGAGUUUAUAACACCUGC